UCAAAAUAAAAAUCCAACGGUAAGGAGCGCGCAUUUUCCAUUUCAAAUAAUUGAGAAUUCAAUGUUAUCAUAUAUAAAAUAUCAUGAAGGAGAUAGUUUAUAUUACGGACGAAAUCAUACAAGCAGAAAUAAUGAAGCUUGGAAACGUUGGUAACCGUUCAGCGGUCGUUGAUGAACUUGUUAGAGCAUAUGGUCUUUUAGAUUUUUGUAAAAUGAUUAGUUCCAAAAGAAGUACUAGAGCGGAUUUAUUAUCCUUCCACAGUUCAGAUUAUAUUGACUGUCUUUUGCGCUAUAACGAUGAAAAUGACAUCGAGGAGGUAACGGAAGAGCUGCAAGAGUAUGGACUUGCUUAUGACUGUCCAAUGAUUGAGAAGGUGUACAAUUUUGCUACGUCUGUAGUUGGUAGUACGCUGACAGCAAUAGAUGCUGUGCUGGAAGGAGCUUCGAUCGCCAUUAACUGGAAUGGUGGUUGGCAUCAUGCUCAAAGGGACAAGGCUACUGGAUUUUGCUAUGUCAACGAUAUUGUGAUUGGAAUCCAUAAAUUACGGACCAGAUUUCAGAAAGUUCUUUAUUUGGACUUGGACGUACAUCACGGUGACGGAGUGGAAGAUGCAUUUAGCUUCAGUAAAUAUGUUAUGACUGUCUCUUUCCACCAAUAUGAACCAGGAUACUUCCCUGGAACCGGUGAUGUCUCGGAUGUCGGAUAUGGACCCGGAAAGGGCUACACUGUUAAUGCACCGUAUGCAAGGGGCAUUGCUGGGCCUGCGUUUGUGAAAUAUUUCCAUAGCAUAGCCACAGACGCGUAUAGAGCAUUCAAACCGGAUGUAUGUAUUGUACAGUGCGGCGGAGACGUUAUUGUUGGUGACCACUUAGGCGGAACAAAUCUUAUUCCCGAUGAUUGUUUGAAAUGUGUUCAGGAGGUGUUGAGAUGGAAUACGCCGCUUGUAUUUCUGGGUGGAGGAGGUUACAACGUUAUCAAUACAGCAAAAUAUUGGACACAGCUUACUGCCCUCAUCGUAGGACAAACAAUCUCCAGAGACAUCCCGGAAAAUGCGUUCUUUAUGGACUAUGGUCCUGAUUUUACAUUGGAAGUCUUUCCAACACAUACAAAAGACCAUAAUACGAAAGACAAUUUAUUAGAAAAUGAACGUUGUAUAAAAGAUAACUUGGAACGCUAUGUUGUGAAAACGGUAUGAAAUUACUAUUUAGAUAUAACUAUACAAUAAAAAAUCAUAAUUACAAAUAGAUGAAUUUAUUUGGUUUCA